AACUGUAGUCACACAUCCAGAAUAUCAGUCGGAGAAUCUAGACUUUUAUCAACGCUUUGAUCGAGUGGAGUUGUUAAUGACUUAAUUAUCUGUUCUGGCUUGGAUAUCGCUUCAUUUAGAGAUCGCCUGCUGUUAAACCUCACGACGGUAAGCGAUCAGUCGCUAAGCAUGUAACUCAAGUCCUAAUCCACAGCCACGUUAAUACCGAAACUUCAGCUCGGGCUAAUUAUCAGACAUGUAGUUUAGAGACGCUGUCAUUACAUCAGUGCACUUGCAAUGGCCUGUCUGUCGUCGGUCUGUAGCUGUUGACACAUCUGGAGCUGUAAUUGGUUGAGGGAAGAUGCAACAGGUCCCGUACGGAUCUGUGGAUCGAGACAAGCCUCUCAUCCGUUUGCCUUUCACCCGGUUAGCGGUGAUCACAGUGUGUCUGCCUCUGCUCGGCCUCAUCGCCUGCAUCGUGCUGGCUCUCCUCUACCACUACAAUGAUGCGACCUACACACACUGCCAGGUUCCUAACUACCUCCCAUCCAUCAGCGCGGCCAUCAGUCUGACACCAGAGCGCUACAUCUGGCGCUUCAGCAUCGGCCUGCAUUCUGCCCCGCGCUUCCUGGUGGCAGCAGCAUAUUUGAGCUUUUACCGCGGACGCUUUUCCAAGAGGCUGAUGGAGCAGCUUUUGAGUGGCCUCACAUUCCUCUUAGCUUUAAGUGAAAAUGUAGGGCUGCUUCUGCUCACCUACGUCUCCUCCAAUGAGACCUACAGUGUCCAUAAGAGCGGCUUCGUCUUGUUUAUUGGCAGCUCCCUGGUCCACAUGUUGUGCACCUGCAAGCUGUGGUCCUUGAUUGCGAAGUAUUCCCUCAGUGCAGAGGAGAUGAUGUCAUACCGCCAGAAGUUCCGCCUCUUCCUCUUCAACGGUUUCUUCUGUCUGUUGGCUGCCUACUUCUACAAGCGGCACAACACUUACUGUGAAACAGGAAUUUACACGUUGUUUGCUUUGUGUGAGUAUCUGGUGGUGCUGUCCAACAUGGCCUUCCACAUGACUGCCUACUGGGACUUUGGAGGUUCUGAAGCCCCACCCUGGAGUGCUGAGGAAGAAACGAAUGAAGAGUUGAAUGUGGCGCAGUGCAUGCUGGGACCUCUGUUUCCUGAAGGGACUGCCAGACAGUUUCCCCACCACAAGGAAGUAAAGCCGACAAGCUGCCAGGCAACAACACCCUCAUCACACAUAUAAGAUCAGGUAUGUCUAAGGGGCCGGUUCACACACUGCUUUUGAACAGAGUGUGGCAGUGGGGUUCCGGAAGUAAAAAUCCCAUUCAUUUUCUGCAUAAGGGAAUUGAUUUUGAAUUAUAACUUCUAAACCUUUAAAGACAAACCUACUGUGAGCUAUGAGGUUGUUAAUCAAUGGGGUAUGCUUCAGUUAAAACCAUCAGCCCAUAUUAUUUUAACUUAUUUUCAAAUAAUCAUGUUCAAAGGUAGAAUUCCUGGUGAAAAACUACAUCACCCAUGAUUCUGCAGCGAAAUCCACCAAUGAGAGAAUUACAACAAGCAAAUCACACUAAAAGAGCUCUCAGUUGACUGCCCACUCCCAUAAAGCACUGCAAAUGACAUGACUCUCAAACUAUUUCAAUAUUUGUACAUAUAUGCAUAUUUUGCAAUAAACAUAAAAUGUUGUUUCUACGUAUAUACACAAUCAGCAUAUUUAAAUUUUAAUUAAAUAUGAAAAUUUUGAAUUCAAUUUUCAUUCACAAUGCUUCAUGGGAUUGUAGUUCUUCACCCCAUUAAAGUGAAUAUGUACAUAUUCUUGCACCUUUUUUGUUUUUCAAAUUUUCAAAUACUUUUUUUGCUUCAAAUCAAAAUUUGUACUGUUGCGAUUCACCUCAUAGCUAGUUGCUUUGCAUGGCUUAAAACUCUUAAAUUAAGACUUUUUUUAUCCUUGUGAGGGGGAAAAAAUCAAUGCAAAAAAAAAAAAAAACCUUU